AUGACUAGAUCAAUAAUUCCGUCUGGAUAAGCAAAUGAAAGAGUUGAUACAAAUCAACAAGAUGCUAAUGUUAUUAUAGUGUGUAAACCACUGAAUUUAGCUUUGAAAAGUUCUCUUAAAGGAGAUAAGAAAGGAAACUAAUAAAAAUUAAAGGUUCUUCGAUUUGCUUAACCUGUAAAAUAAACAUAUAUUGUUGAAAAUUGGAAAAAAUACAACCAUAGUUUUGAGGAGGAAAAAGAAACCUGCUGCAAAUUAUUUUGA